AGUAGCACUCUUGUCUCAAAGCAAAAAGGAACUUGCGGAAACAAAAGGACGGAGAUUGAUACACCUGUAAGAUAAAAGCCAACGAAAAGAAAUCAAAGAUCACAUCCUUCAUCUCUCAAGUACAAUGUCUCGCCCUGCACACAGAAGACCAGAAUACCAUAAAAUAAACAAAGAUCUCUUUGUCCUCACCUAUGGAGCUCUGGUUGCCCAACUGUGUAAAGAUUAUGAAAAAGAUGAAGAUGUGAAUAAAUAUUUAGAUAAAAUGGGAUAUGGCAUUGGAACACGGCUGGUGGAAGAUUUUUUGGCUCGAUCUUGUGUAAGAAGAUGCCACAGUUACUCAGAAAUUACAGACAUAAUUGCCCAGGUUGCCUUUAAGAUGUACCUGGGAAUUACACCAAGUGUGACCUGUAACAAUCCAAGCAGAACUGAAUUUUCCCUGAUCUUAGACAAGAAUCCUCUGGUGGAGUUUGUGGAAGAGCUCCCUGCCGGGCGAUCAUCUCUGUGCUACUGCAAUUUACUCUGUGGGAUUAUCAGAGGUGCCCUGGAAAUGGUUCAUUUGGCUGCUGACGUUACAUUCUUGCAAGACACACUGAAAGGCGACCGUGUGACAGAAAUAGGAAUAACAUUUCUGAAAAAGCUAGAUGAGAAAAAAUACAGACGGAAAAAAUGAAGAAUUGCAUGCAAAACGCCACAGGGUGGCCAUUUGAGGAGUUAAUAUUAUCUAAACAUAUAUAGCCAUAGAAAUUUUGAAUUGUUUAAUAAUAGCAUGGGAUUGAAAAGGCUUCUAUAUCCACCAGAAAUUUGAAGUGCAGGGCACUAGGAGUUAAAGCUGUUUUCUUUCUUUGUUUAUA